UCAAAAAUACGAAAUGAAUCCAUUUCGAUACACAUUAAAAAAUUGCAUUUAAAAUUAACAGAAAUAGGAUUUUAAGUUAAAAAAAUGCGUUUAAUAUUAUUUAUAGUGUUUAUGUCGGUAUGCACCACAUACGCUUGGGAUGAUGACGAUUUCGAAGUAUUUGACGUAGUUGAAGAAGUAAAUCAAAAUUUUUACGAGUUAAUGGGUGUUACACAGGAUGCAUUACCAUCAGAAAUAAAGAGUGCAUUCAAGAAACUCACUUUGAAAUUACAUCCAGAUAAAAAUAGUGCCCCCGAUGCAGACAUACAGUUUAGAAAUUUGGUGUCUGUACAUAACAUAUUGAAGGACCCCGGGAAAAGAGAGAAGUACAAUGAUGUACUCAAGAAUGGUUUACCUAACUGGCGGUCUGCAGUGUACUACUACAGGCAUGUCAGGAAGAUGGGCCUGGCUGAGGGAUCCAUCAUACUGUUCAUUAUCAUCACAUUCGGACAGUAUGCAGUUGGUUGGGCCGCUUAUAUCGAGAAAAGAUUCACUGCUGAACAAAUUCUCAAUAGUAGAGGAAAGAAACACUCGAAAAAAUCGGGCUUUGACACAGGACUAGCAGAGAUAUUAGAGCAACUUCCUAAACCUAGCAUUAAAGACACACUGCCCUUCCAAAUACCAAGGUUCAUUUGGUGGUCCAUAACGGCCAUUCCACGUGGCAUAGUAGAAUUAAAGAGACGAAGAAAAGAGAUGGCGGAGGAGGCCAGACGGCAGAAGAAAAGAGAAGAGGAAGAGCAGCUACGUGCUGACCGCGAAGCUGCGGCCGCGGCGGAGGCCCGCGCGGCGCGGGCGGCGGGCGGCGGGGCCCGGCGGCGGCGGUGGGCGCCCCCCGAGGCUCCGUCGGGCCCCGCGGGCCCCGCGGGCCCCGCCUGCCCGCUCGACGCCGCCGACGAGCCCGGGGGCCCGGUCGCAGUCCCCGUGCGACAGUCAGCGCCAGUGAUCACCGGCGGGUUGUGGACGGAUGAUGACUUGGCGGAAUUGGUGCGACUGGUGAAGAAACACCCCGGCGGCUCCGCGGAGCGUUGGGAGAGGAUCGCGGAAGCCAUGUGCCGCAGCGUGCCGGAAGUGACGCACAUGGCUGCCAAGCUCAAGGACAACUGCUACAAGAUACCCGGUCAAGAGAACACGGAGACGACUGUCGUGGAACCGGUUAAAAAGGUAAAAACUCGUAAAACGGAGGAGACGAGCGGCGGCAACUGGUCGCAGAGUCAACAGAAAGCGCUAGAGACGGCACUCGCCAAACAUCCCAAGGGUGGUGCCGGCGAUAGGUGGCAGAAGAUAGCCAAUUCAGUGCCAGGCAAGACAAAAGAGGAAUGUAUGCAAAGGUGUAAAUAUUUAUCAGAAAUGGUGAAAAAACAGAAGCAGAAAGAAGAAGAGGAACAGAAGGACGAUGUGGAAGUCUUAAAUGGCACGGAUAAGAUUGAAAACGUUGAUGAACCCUUGUUAUAAGUUGGUAAUGAAUUUAAUAUAUAUAGUCGAUGCAAAUUGAUUCCAGAGUCGUAAAGUCUUAAUACUUUUAAGAUGGGAAUCAAAGACCUCGAUAAGUGAAUUUUGCUAUUAAAAGUGAAAUAUUUAGGCGUAUUACUGACUUAAACAAAUACUGGAGUCCAUUGUAAAUGAUUCCAAUACUUAUUAUAAGACUUUUUUAAAGGAAUUUGACAAGGAGUGAUCUGUUGUGACGAGCGGUGUUUAUUGGAGUGGUGUUAUUAUUUAUUUUAUAGUUGACAUUUUACGUACCUUCCAUCUGUAAUAUAUUGUUUUAUUAUAUAAUUAUUUACAUUUACUUCUAGUUCAAGGAAAG